AUGUCCUCUAAAUUGAUCACUGUAUUCGGAGCCACUGGCAACCAAGGCGGCUCUGUCAUCAAGCACAUCCUUGCUGAUACCCAACUCUCCUCCGAAUUCAAGAUUCGCGGCAUCACUCGCGAUGUCAACAAGCCCGCUGCCAAAGCACUCGCAGAACAAGGAAUCGAAGUGGUGACCGUAAGUCGUCCUCCUAUCCUCUCAUACACGAUCAAACUAACUUCGACAACAAGNGCCGACAUGAACGACAAAGCCUCAGUCGCAAAAGCUAUCAAAGGCUCCCACACCAUCUUCCUCGUAACCAACUACUGGGAAUCCGCAAACCCAGACGUCGAACGCAGCCAAGGCAUCAACGUCGCCGACGCCGCAAAAGAAGAAAACAUCAAGCACCUCAUCUUCUCCUCCUUGAUAAACGUCUCGAAAGCAACUGACGGAAAACUCGACUUGAUGAAACACUUUGACUCCAAAGCCGACAUUGAAAAGCACAUCCGCAGCACUGGCGUGCCCUCUACGUUUAUGCUGGCAGGCUACUUCAUGUCAAACUUUGCAAACAUGUUCAACAAAGGCGAAGACGGCGUCUACAACUUCGCUCUCCCCGUCAGCGAGAACGCUAAAUUCCCUCUCUUCGAUGUAGUCCAAGAUACCGGAAACUUUGUCAAGGCAAUCCUCAAGAAUACUGACAAGUUGAAUGGCAAGCAAGUGCUCGCUGCCACUUCUUACUAUACCCCCAAGCAAAUCGUUUCAGACUUUGAAGAGGCUACUGGCGAUAAGAUGAGAUAUAUUCAGAUCGAAGGUGAUCAGUUCAAGUCUUAUUUGCCUGAGUUCAUGGCCGAGGAGAUGCUUCAGAAUCAUAUUUUGCUUGAUACGACUGGUUACUAUGCUGGUGCCAGUUUGGACGAGAGUCUGAGUCUGCUCGAGGAGAAGCCUGUUACUUGGAAGAAGUUUGUCAAGAAGAGUGGAAUCUGGUAA